AUGGCACAGUCCCAGCAACGGAAGCCAGGAAGCUGGGACAGCGAUCGUAUGAUAAAUCUCUAUAUCUACGAUUAUUGUGUCAAGCGCAACUUCCAGGCGGCAGCAGCAGCAUUCGCAUCCGAGGCCCAGGUCGGGCCUGACGUUAAAGUACCUUACGACAGUCCAGAAGGAUUUCUCUACGAGUGGUUCAAUGUAUUCUGGGAUUGCUGGAAUGCUAGCCAGCCUCAGCAAAGCAGUUUAGCAAGCAAGGAUGCAGUGUCAUACAUGGAGAUUAAUCCGUUGGCACGGCAGUGGGCUCGGCAGGGUCAGAUUCCAUUCCAGCUCAGGGGACCAAUGCAAGGUCAACAACUAGCGCCCACUCAGCAGCAGCAACUUCAACAUCUCCAUCAGCAGCAACAUCUCCAGCAGCAACACCAACUUCAGCUCCACCAGAAGCAACAGCUUCAGGCACAGCAAGCACAGCAGGCACAGCAGGCGCAGGCACAACAGGGUCAGCAGGGUCAACCGAUGCAGAUGGGGAUUCCAAACCAACAUCCAAGUAUGACACCAGGGAUGACACCCAAUACUAUUCAGUCUCCCCACACAGUUCACAUGCAAUCACCGCACCCUCAGCAUCAGCAACCACAACAGACCGGAGUAGUAACAGUCAACGCAUCUCCACAGUUUGCCUCCGCCCAGGCAACGUCUCAAGGAGGACCAACGGAUCCUGUAAGCGAAGUAAUAGCAACUGUUUAA